GCUACCAAUAUCAAGUAUCGGCCAAGGAUCGCCACCAGUUAGAGUCCGAAAUAUCGGGUUCUCUUUCCCCUGUCCGUCUUCCGUCACUGUGCAACGGAUCAAUCAAAGCGGGUAGGCAUAGUAUCAUUCAACACAUGCGGCUGGGAUGGUGAACUCACACUCUAUUAUAAUAACAGAGGGGCAGACCGCAUAUAUACUAGGUACUAGUAAUCAGUGCUUCUUUCUGUGUUCCCGAUACAAGAGAUCUGAUGAUUCUCUCUGCGGCCGCAGUACAAGGCUUUUGCUCCAGCGAUGGCUCAGACCAUCGCCAGUGAUGCGUCCACAGCGCUUAUGACACUAUGGGCCUUGGCCAGCUUUACAUUCUUGUUUGUCGUACUACGCCUCUACACCCGUAUCAGGGUCCUUCGAAUGUACGGGACGGACGACCACUUCUAUAAUGCAGCUUUCAUGCUUUUCCUUAAUUACAAUGUUUUACUACAACUGGCGGCUAAAUACGGCUUCGGUCGAGAUAUUGUGGACAUAGAUUCACCCGACGACUUGAGUAGGGCUAUCUUAUACGAGGCUAUUGGGCAGACGCUGCUGAUUACUGGGAAUGUGUUUGCAAAACUAUCUAUUGGUUGCUUCCUUGAUAGAUUGGUUACAAGCAGGACACACAAAGUAGCCAUUUGGAAACCGGCUUUGGCUUUCAGCCUUAUUGUCAUGAUUUCGAUCAUUGUAUUCUGGUUCUCAUGCCAACCGACGGCAUAUCUGUGGGAUCGGCGUAUUGAUGGGCGCUGCGAUAUCGAUCCCGGACCAGCAGCAGUUCUAGCGGGUGCUUCUAGCGUUUUUGUUGACCUUUGGUACUCGGGAUUUCCCUGGUACCUUCUAUAUACAAUAAAUAUGCCCCUGAAAGAGAAAUUAGUUGUCGGAUCAAGCAUGAGCCUUGGUAUUGUGGCUGCAGCUUGCGGGGCCAAGAGAGCCGUCGAACUGAUCAAGAUAGGGAGUCCAAAUUAUCCAAAAGAUACAGUCAAUCUGGUAGUCUGGCAUGCAGCCGAACUCUCAGCCACCAUGAUAGGGAUCGGAAUACCGAUAUGUCUGCCCCUCUACAAGAGCGCAAUAUCCCGUGCUUUUCCUAAAACGAGCUGUUCCUGUUGCUCCAAUGAGCCCCAUAGGUGCAAAGAAAACGAGGUGGAGGUUGGCGUUUUUGGCAUGACUACUAUUGGCGGCACACCAUACGCUUUCAGGGGGCAGGUGGCUCCUGCAGAUUAA